UUCGAACGCGCGGCUCAAUUCUGCCAACUCACAUCCCCCGGGUCUGUUCGUUUUUUAAUCGCCCGCGCUCUCCGCGCGCCCCGCGCCCACGCCUAACGCUAAAUAUGGCCAUUCAAUUUCGCGAGCUUCUUUUCCCCCCUCGCUCGACGACGACGACGAGGAGCCGCGCGCACGUCGUUUUCCUUUACGACGCCGCGCAUGUAAUUAUCCGGAUCUCACUUUAAUUCAUACGUAUUUCAAUUAUCUACGAUCAGCAUACAGUUGUACGCAGGGACGACUGGAAAAGCAAGUUAAACCGACACGUGGUUUCGCGCAAUUUUCCGUGCAGCUUUGAGUUCACCAGUGCAGGAAUAGAAAACAAGCCUUUGGUUCCCCUGCACUUUUCCUCCCGGCGCCUAAAGAAACUCGACUCGGGUCCACUCGACGGUUGACCCGGUCGGCCUUUCAAAAGAUAAUCGUCGCACACUUCCGGUCAAAUGAUCUCCAGAUUGAAGAAAAGAUGACCAAAUUGGACGCGGAUGUUCACCCGAGUCUGUCGAAAACGGUGACGGAGAGUUUGCGACGGAGGAACGUGGUCACAGUCGUUGAUUUUGUCUCGGCGGAUCCGAUUAAACUGGCGAGUUUCACCGGUCUUACGCACACGGAUAUACUGCAAAUAACGCAACACAUACUGAAGAAAUUUGGUGGUACAAAGAGGAACGCAAAGCAGCAGCUCACGCUGGAACGCAGCAACGUAAUUUCGACCAACGUAACGAGUUUGGACGAAUUGCUGAAGGGUGGCCUGUACCCGGGACAGCUGUGCGAGUUUUGCGGACCCACAGCCUCCGGGAAGACUCAACUAUGUUUGACGGUGGCAGCUAACGUCGCUGGUCGCUCGGGCGUCGUAUGGUAUUUCGAUACGAAGAAAGAUUUCUCUAGAAUGCGAUACGAACAGAUCAUGAAGGCUAGAAAUUACACGCCAAAGGUCAUAGAAGAUGCACUGCGCGGUACGAAGAUUUGUCAAGCGCGUUCCUCCCAUGAAUUGAUACGUGCCCUGCGACAAUUGGUAACUCUUUGCAAACGGGAGCCGGGUGAUGCGUCUUUCGAAGAGAAAAAGACCCUUCUCGUGAUCAUCGAUUCCUUACCGGCAGUUAUCUUCAAGGUAACGCGAAACGCGUCAUACGGUGAUAACGAGACGACUUACGAGCUCGACGAUUUGGCCGAGGUAUGUCGAUUCCUCACGAGGGAGUGCCAGGCAGUCGUAAUUACUGUGAAUUCGAUCACCCGGUGGGACUCACCGGGGCAAACAAACACCGCAGAUAUAACACCGGCGUUGGGAAAAUAUUGGGCGAGGAUACCAGCCACGAGGUUGCUGAUAUCGAGGCGAUAUGGUGAAACACGUACGAUUAAAGUUUGGAAGGAUCUGAAAUUAAUCGAGAACUCGUUCUGCACUGUAACUCGAGUGCAGCGAGUAAACAAACCUGACGAUCUCGAGGAGUUUUAUUUGAUUCCUCACGGGAAACGCGAGGACUUGGUCGUCAAUUCUAAUUGAUCUUUUCGAACGAUUCUUU